AUGGCCUCACUGCCUCUGCUCGUGUGUAUCAUCCUUUGCACCUACGAGUACUCCCUCGCUCAUGGAGGCAACGAGCACGGCUUUGUAGCGGUGCCAACCACUGCUUCUGAGCCAGAACCAGUAUGCUCUACAUCGGGAGAUACGAGACUCCCCAACACCGUGUCCGUGCCACUGGUGCACCGGCACGGGCCGUGCGCGCCGACGCAGCUGAGCUCCGACAAGCCGUCGUCCUUCACCGACAGACUCCGCCGAAACCGUGCCCGCUCGAAGUACAUCAUGAGCAGGGUGUCCAAGGGCAUGAUGGGAGACGACGCCGACGUGAGCAUCCCGACUCACUUGGGCGGCUCCGUGGACUCGCUGGAGUACGUGGUCACCGUGGGCUUAGGCACCCCGUCAGUGUCGCAGGUCCUCCUCAUCGACACCGGCAGCGACCUGUCGUGGGUGCAGUGCCAGCCCUGCAACUCCACUACGUGCUACCCGCAGAAGGACCCCCUGUUCGAUCCAAGCAAGUCUUCCACGUACGCUCCCAUCCCCUGCAACACCGACGCGUGCAGGGACCUCACCGACGACGGCUACGGCGGCGGCUGCGCGAGCGGCGACGGCGCCGCCCAGUGUGGAUUCGCCAUCACGUACGGAGACGGCUCGCAGACGAGGGGCGUGUACAGCAACGAGACGCUGGCGCUGGCGCCUGGGGUGGCCGUGAAGGAUUUCCGCUUCGGGUGCGGCCACGACCAGGACGGCGCCAACGACAAGUACGACGGCCUCUUGGGUCUCGGAGGCGCACCGGAGUCGCUCGUCGUGCAGACGGCCUCGGUCUACGGUGGCGCCUUCUCCUACUGUCUCCCGGCUCUAAACAACCAAGUGGGGUUCCUCGCCCUCGGCGGCGGCGGCGCCCCGAGCGGCGGUGUCGUCAACACAUCCGGCUUCGUGUUCACGCCGAUGAUCCGAGAAGAAGAGACAUUUUACGUGGUGAAUAUGACCGGCAUCACCGUAGGCGGGGAGCCCAUCGACGUCCCGCCGUCGGCGUUCUCCGGGGGCAUGAUCAUAGACUCCGGCACGGUCGUCACAGAGCUCCAGCACACCGCGUACAACGCGCUGCAGGCCGCGUUCCGGAAGGCCAUGGCGGCGUACCCGCUGGUGCGCAACGGGGAGCUCGACACCUGCUACGACUUUUCCGGCUACAGCAACGUCACCCUGCCGAAGGUUGCUCUCACGUUCAGUGGUGGCGCCACCAUCGACCUCGACGUCCCCAAUGGGAUAUUGUUGGACGACUGUCUCGCUUUCCAGGAGUCAGGGCCGGACGACCAGCCCGGAAUCCUUGGCAACGUGAAUCAGCGCACACUGGAGGUGCUGUACGACGCCGGUCGUGGUAGAGUCGGAUUCCGGGCUGCUGUCUGCUGA